CACAGAUCACGUAAUUAUCUGAUGAAUCGUUAAAAUCUUUUGUUUUCUUAAAAAAAUUUUUACAUUAAAAAUAAGUCAUUGUAAGUUUUAUUUCAAAAUAUAAACAUAAUGUUAGAAGACUGAAUAAUCCAAGAUAAUCUUACAUAAGUUUUAUUAUUUAACAAGAAAAACCAAACCCCACGGUUAACCGCGUUUUUUUUUUAAUUAAAACCGAAACCGCGGUUUUUUAUAAAUGUUACUCCCUGACCCUUUCGUACUUGAAAAUUGGAAAAACGACGUUUCAAUGAUGCCCGACAUUACAUGGGGUGACAUGUACAAUUACCUUAUUAACUCCUCCCCAAGUAACUUUACACACGAUUCAAUGAAAGCCUAUAAAUCAUUGGAAUCGUACAACUUUUACAUUUGUGGGCAUGUUCAAGAUGUAUACUAUAAUUUAAUUGAAGAAACGAAUGAAUUUUGUUUCAUUAAAUCUGAGGUGCUUCCAAGUCAAAGACAAGGAAAGAAGCAGAAAUGUUACGAAGUGUGGGUUGCAAUAAAUAAAGUUAAUGGGUGGAUUUUAACGGCAAAUUGCAAAUGCAUGGCAGGAUUGGGCUCUGUGUGUAGUCACAUCGGUGCUUUGUUGUUUAAGCUUGUUGCGUGUGCACAGCUCGGUUUAAAUAAAAUAUCUUGCACAAGCACAUUGUGCAGUUGGAAAAAAUCACGCAAAUCAGCAACCCCAGCCCCACUAAAAAAAAUAAACUUUUCGCGACCAAAGAAGCGUGAAACUCUUCCAAAUAUUAGUGACAAUGAAAACUCACAGGAUGAAAGAACUUACAGCUUUAAGGAUCCUACACCAACAUCAGAUAGUAAAAAAAAAAAGUUGCUAGAACUAAAAAAUUGUAUAAGAAUGCUGCUGUUCUUCAGUCUGUAG